UUUUAUUAAGGUAAAAAAAACCCACUUUUUUUGCGGAAACUGAAAAAUACAGGAAAUUCAAAAGCACCUUUCACCCCAAAACUUGGAAAGAUGCGCAGCACCCGUCAGUUCUGUGUCGGCCCCCACCGCUGGUACACCUCCUGCACUGGGGACUCCCGGUGGGAAUUACACUUUGGAACCACUCGGAACUGCCAGUCGCGGGAUCAGGGAAGCUGCGGAAGUAGAGGUGCCUGGGCGAAUCUCAGCUCCUCCAUUUGCACAACCAUGUGACCUUGAAGAAGUUAAUGAACUUCUCCAUGCCUCAAUGUCGCUGUGAAGUGGAAUGGCGAGCACAGACCGCACAGCACAGCCGUGUUUGGCAAACUCCUGGAAAGAAGGCUCUCAAGAUGCCAACUGGUGCUUCUGUGCCCGGCGUCUGUUGGUCGCCCUGCGCCCAGCCCUCCAGCCCCGCCGCGAUGGAGCUGCCCCAGCCGGAGCCCGCGCCAGGCUCGGCUAUCAGUCCGGCCGGCGUGCGCGGUGGCGCCCAGCGUCCGGGCUACCUCCCGGGCCUCCGGCUGGGGGCUCACGGCCUCCUGGGAUCUCCUGAGCGCGCGGCCGCUUCCUCGCCUGUCACUACCCUCACCCAGACCAUGCACAACCUCGCCGGGCUCGGCAGUGAGACCCCAAAGAGUCAGGUAGCCAGCCGGCUCACAUGCCUAUCCCUGUCCCGUCGGGCGUCUGAAUCCUCCCUGUCGUCUGAGUCCUCUGAAUCUUCUGAUGCAGGUCUGUGCAUGGACUCUCCCAGCCCUAUGGACCCCCAGGUGGCAGAGCGGACGUUUGAACAGGCCAUCCAGGCAGCCAGCCGAGUCAUUCGAAAUGAGCAGUUUGCUAUCCGACGCUUCCAGUCCUUGCCAGAGAGACUUCUGGGCCACAGCCCCGUGCUACGGAACAUCACCAACUCCCAAGCACCUGGCACCUGGAGGAAGAGUGAGGCGUGUGGCCAAGCUACCCACAGCUCUGGGGAGGACAAGGAGAAUGAUAGAUUUGUCUUCAAGAUGCCGGGGAAGCCCACCCAUCCCAGCCACACCCAUGCUCUGGCAGAGUGGGCAAGCCGCAGAGAAGCCUUUGCCCAGAGGCCAAGCUCCGCUCCCAACCUGAUGUGUCUCACUCCUGAGCGGAAGAUGGACAUAGAGGAACUGACUCCCCUGGCCCCGUGCCGCCUCUCCCUGACCCCCACCAAGGGGGCUGCCGAGGAAGAUGAUGGGUUCGUGGAUAUCCUGGAGAGCGACUUAAAGGAGGAUGACGUAGUCCCCCCAGGUAUGGAGAGCCUCAUUAGUGCCCCACUGGUCAAGACCUCAGAAAAAGAAGAGGAGCAGGACCUCAUCAUGUACAGCAAGUGCCAGCGGCUCUUCCGCUCUCCGUCCAUGCCCUGCAGCGUGAUCCGGCCCAUCCUCAAGAGGCUGGAGCGGCCCCAGGACAGGGACCUGCCCAUACAGAACAAGCGGAGAAGGAGCCUGACCCCUCAAGGGGAGGAGCAGAUGGAGGCUGAGGAGCCUUUGCUGCCUGCUUCACAGAAAGCCCGAGUUCUCCGCUCAAAGUCCUUGUGUCACGACGAGAUUGAGAACAUCCUGGACAGUGACCACCGAGAGCUGAUUGGGGAUUACUCCAAGGCUUUCCUCCUACAGACCGUGGAUGGCAAGCACCAAGACCUCAAGUACAUCUCACCGGAAACGAUGGUGGCCCUGCUGACCGGCAAGUUCAGCAACAUUGUGGAGAGGUUUGUGAUUGUGGACUGCAGAUACCCCUACGAGUAUGAAGGCGGGCACAUCAAGACUGCUGUGAACUUGCCUCUGGAACGGGACGCUGAGAACUUCCUGCUACAGAACCCCAUCACCCCCCGAAGCCUGGACAAGAGGAUCAUCCUCAUUUUCCACUGUGAAUUCUCAUCCGAGCGGGGGCCCCGCAUGUGCCGUUUCAUCAGGGAACGAGACAGAGCCUCCAAUGACUACCCCAGCCUCUACUAUCCCGAGAUGUAUAUCCUCAAAGGCGGCUACAAGGAGUUCUUCCCGCAGCACCCGACCUUCUGUGAGCCUCAGGACUACCGACCCAUGAACCACGAGGCCUUCAAGGAGGAGCUGAAGACCUUCCGCCUCAAGACCCGCAGCUGGGCUGGCGAGCGGAGCCGGCGGGAGCUGUGCAGUCGCCUGCAGGACCAGUGAAGGGCCAGCAACCCUUCCACCCGCCUCCCUUGCCUCGUGUGGCCUGGGCACCAGCUGUCCCCGGACCUGCAGGGCUGAGGGCCUGCUGUCCAGGGCAAAGUUGGGGAAGGUGCCCCCAUCCAUCUGCCCCUGGUCCCCUCUGUCUCACUCUAGUCAUACGCCACAUCCUGCUGACACCCCCGCCCCCACCCCGGAAGAGCCCAGCCUGCUGACUUAGUGAAAUUGGAUUAAGUCCAGCUCAAAGGAAGUAUUUUCUGUCUAGCAGGAGGCUUUUGGUUGUUUCCUUCCUUGUUUGGGUUAACCCUUUGUCUUCCUGUACCUAAAAAAGCCCCCUUUUUUUCUGGGGGCUUUUUUUCUUUUCUUUUCUUUUCUUUCUUUCUUUCUUUUUUUUUUUUUUUUUAUAUGAGGCUGAAGGAUGGGCCAGCUGUCCUCCCUGCCCCAGGCCCUCGACAGCACUCCUGAGCGUGUGUGCCAUGCUCCUCUUUCUCAUUCCCUCUUUCCCACUCCUCCUUGUGAACACCUCCAGCACCGGACAUGAGCUCUUACUCUUUCCUGUUUCAGUGUUAUCUGCAUGCUUGAUUUGUCUGUCUUUUUAUCUGUUUGUUUGUUUUCGUUUGGCCCAUCUCAGGACAUUCACAGGCUAAGGUUGAGGAUCCCCCUGUCCAGUUGGGGUUAAAGACUCAAGCAUUCAUAACCCACUAGGCCCUGGCUUCUCUCGCCUCAGAAAGAGGCGUUAUUAUGCAUGGAGGCCCUUGCUUGAGGGCUAAGGCCUGCGUCCUGAGCCCACUGGAAGCCGAGCCCUCUCUGCUGUGAACCCUGGGGCCUGAACCCAUGUCAGAACUUGCUGUCUUGUCAUGGAUGGACAGAUGGACGAAUGGAAGCGUGGAUGGAUGGAUGGCCAUGGAUGCACAAUGGCUUGUCCACACACCGAUGAAGUGCAAGUGUUUCAGUGAGAGUGACAGCCUGUGGCAGGAGUAUAUGUGUGCCCGUUUGAGUGGACAGAACCUUUCCACUUGAAGAUGUGCAGAUAUUCAAAAGGAAUUGUCAUGGAAGCAGCUAAACCAAGGCCAGCCAUCUCUAGAUUCUGAAUCUCAGGAAAUGGGCAGGGCGUCUUGAAGGCCCAGAUGCGUCAUCUGGUAGGGUCUUGGUUCAAUAAAGCACUGAGAAAGCUGA